AUGCGGCUUCUACGGCUUGAUGCAGAAAACGACCUGUUCCUGACCGAGGAUCUGCCCAAAUCUCCGGGACCGUACGGCAUCCUCUCGCACACAUGGGGAGGGAAAGAAACAGAACUGAUACUCAGUGACUUUCAUGAAGAGACGGGCAAGAUCGACAAGGGCCAGCCCGAGGAUGGAUACGAGAAGGGGAUCUUUCUGCGCCAAGCAAGCCUGCGCUCAUGGACUUGA